ACAUUGCGCCUGCGCGGUGUCCUCGUGGUUCCGGGUCUCGCUUUGGUUCUCCGAGCUGUUCGUAGAGACUGAGGUUCGGAGCCUGAGCAAACCCACAGGAAACCUGUUUCCCUUCCUUGGACCUGCUGUUAAAGUCUGGCCUCGGGUCACUGGCAGUUUCUCUGAAACCCUUGCAGACUCAGGCGUGGUCAAGUUCACGCCGCUGCGGCUGCGUUGGCGCCGGGAUUCGAACACCGGCUGAAGUCAGCUCUGAGCCGUGGGAGGCUUUGUGGAGCCGAAAUGACCCACUCUUUGGUUUGUCCAGAGACAGUGAGCAGGGUGAGUUCAGUGCUGAAUCGCAACACCCGGCAGUUUGGAAAGAAGCAUCUGUUCGACCAGAAUGAGGAGACGUGCUGGAACUCGGACCAGGGCCCCUCCCAGUGGGUGAUACUAGAGUUUCCCCAGCGCAUCCGUGUCUCCCAGCUGCAAAUCCAGUUCCAGGGGGGCUUCUCCAGUCGCCGGGGCCACCUGGAAGGUUCCCAGGGGAGUGAGGCUCUUUGCAAGAUUGUGGACUUCUACCCUGAAGACAACAACUCCCUUCAGACCUUCCCUGUGCCCGCUGCUGAGGUGGACCAGCUGAAGAUGACGCUUGAGGACGCCACUGACUUUUUUGGCCGAGUAGUCAUCUACCACCUGCGGGUGCUGGGGGAGAGGGUGUGAGGCCACUGGGUAGCUGACUCCUCC